AUGUCUACAGCUAAGGAGACCAAGGAAAACGACGACGUAAAGCGACAAGGUAAACCAGAUUCAAGAGAUCCAGAGACAGCAGCACAGAACACUGAAGGAAAGCCCGGGACGUUCGAGGAUUCAAAAGGCUAUACCCAACUAGAUCUGGCACAUCUCACUGAGGUCACUGCCGCAGGCAAUGACCACGCAACUAGUGACAAUGCGAACGAAGAUGAUGAAAGCGCGUUUAACCGACCCGUGCUUCACCAAAAGAUCAAAGACAUGGUUCUUUCUUUGAUUGCACAGCACUUCCGAAACGAGGAGUCUCAACAAAACGCAGAUGAGCAACUUGACAUCGUUCGCGGCAAAGCCAAUCGCUGGGGUUGUAUUCUUCUCCUUGACGAGGCUGAUAUUUUUCUUGCAUCGAGAAUAAGAGAUGAUUUCACGAGGAACGGGCUGGUUGCCGAGUAUUAUGCCGGAAUCUUGUUCCUAACUACGAACCGAAUUGGCGAUUUCGACGAAGCAUUUAUUUCUUGGAUUCACAUGAGUCUUUAUUAUCCACCUCUGGAUGAAAUUGCCACCAACCGGAUCUUCAAGCUUAACUUUGACUUGAUUCGGGAUAGGUACAAGGAGAAUGGGCGACCUAUUGAUAUUGAUGACUCUGGCAUCUACAGCUUUGUUACAAAGUUCUGGGUGGAAAAUCAGCAGGCUCGGUGGAAUGGACGACAAAUUCGAAAUGCCUGCCAGACGGCCUUAGCCCUAUUAUCUGAAUUUGAGGCCUUACCAAAAGAUAAGAGAUUCGACCUCAAAUUCAAAUCACAGGCCAAGGUACACCUUAAACACUCAAAUAUUGAAACGGUCUCGGACGCCUACCUUGAGUUCGUCAAGUAUCUUAAGGCUAUCCAUGGCACUGAUCAAGAAACUCACGCUAAGGAGUUGGGUAUUCGGGCUAUCGAGCAAGUAUUUGACUCUAUGAUGAAUGAGAGGGUUUCAAGAGGAGGCAAUUCAGCCCCUCAAGAAAGACUACAGAACCAGAAUCCCAGACAGGCCACCCCCAACCACGCAGACAUAUUCAUUUUUGAGCACCAUAGCGGAGCCCCCUACAAUCCGCCUGGGCCUGCAUAUAGGAAUCCAAGCCCUUCAUCAGGAACGGGGUAUUCAAGCCAUGGAUACCAGUCAGACAACCCCUUCCUUCAAGCACCACAUGCAUCUUCUGGAUAUGGAGCCACUCAGCAAUAUCCCAGACAUACGCAGUCAGUGUCGCCAGAAGGGUCAUCCGCCCACCCGCCUGAACUUCCUCGACCGCAAUACUAUCCUCAAGGCCAAUGGUCUGGCAUAUCUAGCGAUCCUCGCUUCGCCCAGUCGAUACCCGGACAGGGAACCGUACCACCAUAUCAGGGCUGGCGUUCGGAAGCAUAUCCAGUCGCCGGACAAGCGAUAGCAGAAACCACAGGCCUAAACCUAACAUCGAUACCGAUCUCCCACAGCGCUGAGGACCCCAAUAUUCAACAUGGUGCUCCAAACAACCUCCAGUAA